AUGGCACCCACAGUGCCCAAGAGUGGGCUCUUUGCUGGUUUAAACAAAGGUCAUAUUAUCACUACUAGAGAACUUGCUACUCGCCCUUCCGCCAGAAAAAGGAAGACCAACAAGAGAGUUCUUUUUGUUAGGAGUUUGACUAGGGAAGUUGCUGAAUUUCCUCCUUAUGAGAAGAGAAUUACUGAGCUCCUUAAAGUUGGAAAGGACAAGCGUGCUCUUAAGGUGGCUAAGCGAAAGUUGGGUACCCACAAGAUGAGGCACUGCAGUUAUUCAAAGAAAUAAUAAUCAAAAGCAUUGCGAGAUAACUGAGACGAAUUGUCCUUCUGUAGACUUGGUUGAGGCGUUUAUCAAGAUAAUAGAGGAGAAGG